ACAGGAAGUAAUGCAGAAGGAAACACACACACACUAGUUGGGCCAUUUGUAUUCUCUUUCUCCUCUUUGUACUUUGUCUCUCACUCGAUUUUUCAGUUGGUAGUAAAAAAAGGGGCGGGGUUGAACAUUCAACAUUUGUACGCCAUGUGCACUGACCUCUCUUAAUCUCUUUAAUUCUUCACUUGGUUAGACCUCAAAUUCACACUUCAUACGCAAAAGGAUUCAGAUUAUGGGAAAUCACUCAUGCUUCAUGAGAAGAAAAGACACAUAUCAAGACAACGCAGGACAGCCUAAGGAGGAUGUUCUCUAUGCCACCAUUGAUCAUGGCAAAGAAAAGACAGCAGGGCAUGACAAAACGUCUGACAGAAGAAACUCCAAGGAUAGUGACUGUGAUUAUGCUGAAGUUAAGCUUCCCACUGAGACAAAAAAAAUGGACCACAACGAGGACUGUGCAGAUGACUAUGUCCUGAUGAGCUGAGCUUAAAAGCAUUGUGUGCUUAACUUAACAUUAGCUAUAUUUAUAUAUAUAGUAUAACACAACUUAUUUACAAUUUUAGACUCUAGUGGUUAACCAUGUGCACCUCAUCUUAUCAUCUUAUCAUAAUAAACAUUAACAAUAAUCAACAUAAAACUGUUAGCAUUUGGGUGACCACUGGUUUGCAUUUAUUUUGUUGUAUAGCUUUAAUUAUGUCACUUAGCAAAUUACUUAUUGUUAAGUUAAUACUCAGAGUGUGGAUUUAACUCUUUUAGUAUAGUUGGACACACACACACACACACACACACACACACACACACACACACACACACACACACACACACACACACACACACACACA